AUAUCAUUAAAAAAAAAAAAUUUAGCGUAUUUGAGUCUUCGAAAACUUGGUAUUUCUUUUAGUACCCCGUUUUGCCCCUCCCUCCCCUAUAUAUUUUAUGCCCUAGCUUCGACUCGUUCUGGAAAUAACACGGUAAGGUAUGACGAAAUGUUUUUCUUUUUUCAACCAAUACAUUUAUACAGUCAUCUCAUUCUGAGAGGUAAUAUUUACCUACGCAUAGGCAUUUCCGUUAUAUACCUGAAGUGUAUUAUAUUUGUCGAAGCCGGAAGAACGCAGCAUCAGUACCUAUUAUAUGCUUUGAGCAAGAACAUACUGAAUAUUAGUUCAAACAGUUUCGUUUCCGAACAUAGACAUCGUUGAUUUUUUUGAUUUUUUUUAACAAAUUUCACAUUUUUAAGUGAUUCAAUAUGAAAGUAAUAUUGAUUUGUUUGUUAACUACUGGGUUUUUAUGUGGUUUUACUUCAACCCAAGAUAAUGUGAAUACAAAUAUUCCGGAAAAAAUAUCUUCGUAUUAUACGCCGGUGAUUGACUGUCUUUUGGAACGAGGACCCUGUUUACCACUAUCGGAUUUUCUUGCAACUGCAUUACCGGAUUAUUUCAAGAGUAAAUUGGAUGGCUACAAUUUUGAGGAAAUCGUUUUAUUAAGAACCCAUUCGCACAACAUACGAGAAUAUUUUCCCCGCGAAUGGGAAUUAAUAAAACUGAAAAGUCUCAAAGAAUUAAAAGAAGAGCAAGCUAAGCAGUCGUUAAAAGAUAAUUGUAACCGAACACAUCAUAGGCCUAAACAUCAAAAAAAGGAAAUGUAUUCAAAUGAUGAGUUCAGUUUAUUAGCUGCAGAUAGUUUUAUAAGCAACAACUUUACGAGCUUCAUAAAAUUAUAUAAAGAUUUAAUCUACGAUUUCGUGCUCUAUGGUGAUUGCCUGAUUUGCAACGAAAAUUCUUUCAAAUGGCUGAACGAUAUUAAAAGUGUUCUAGAAGCUAAAUAUCCAAACCAUUUGCGAAGAGAUCUUAUGAACAAACACAGAAAUAGUUGACGAUUUCAUUUGAUCUAAAAUAUCUUCACUAGCUUUAAGUAGUUUAAUAAUUAAAGUCCUUGUUUGGAUAUCAGUGAUGAUGAACUCGUGACAAUAUCAGUACGUGAUUUAAAUCGUCAACUAAAAUUACGUGGAUUGUCCCGUGAUCAAAUCGUACGGAUGAAAUAACGCAGAAGAACUUUGAAAAAUCGUGGCUACGCAGCAAGUUGUCGUACUAAAAGACUCGAACAAAGAGAUGAAUUCGAGACCGAAAAAACCCAAGAGAUUCGUGAUAUGGAAUCAGUACGUGAUUUAAAUCGUCCACUAAAAUUACGUGGAUUGUCCCGUGAUCAAAUCGUACGGAUGAAAUAACGCAGAAGAACUUUAAAAAAUCGUGGCUACGCAGCAAGUUGUCGUACUAAAAGACUCGAACAAAAAGAUGAAUUCGAGACCGAAAAAACCCAAGAGAUUCGUGAUAUGGAAUCAGUACGUGAUUUAAAUCGUCAACUAAAAUUACGUGGAUUGUCCCGUGAUCAAAUCGUACGGAUGAAAUAACGCAGAAGAACUUUAAAAAAUCGUGGCUACGCAGCAAGUUGUCAUACUAAAAGACUCGAACAAAAAGAUGAAUUCGAGACCGAAAAAACCCAAGAGAUUCGUGAUAUGGAAUUAAUGCAAGAGAAUAAUGAGUUAAUGCGCACAGAAUUAUUGAUUAUAUUUAUCAUAA